AUGUCGCUGGUUUUCCCGUCAACCAGUCCGUCCUUUCUGUCUCUCCCUCCGGACCUACACAUCCUGGUUUUGUCGUUGCUGCCUCCCAGAAGCAUCAUUACAAUCAGGCAGACCUGCAAAGCCUUGCGGGCCUUCGCUGAACUGCGCACGGUAUGGCUAACUGCUCUCAAGCGCAUCUGUCUGGCGAAUGCGGUACCUUUCGUCACGUACAACUUCGAGCGCAUGACUCGCGAAGAGCUGGAGUAUGCUGCUAGCAUGCCGGAUCACUUCAAGCACGCUGGCCGCGCCGCGUAUUCGAAAACAGGCAUACCCAUGAUCCAUGCUAUCAAAGAGCGACGUCUGCCCAUCCCGCUGCCUGACGUUGGCUCCGACGAAUUUUUACAGGAGGGAUCCGAAGUGCACGGUAUAGCAGUCAUUCCUGGGGGACGCUUUGUGCUGGGGAGGACGGAAGAUGCUCUGAUUCUAUGGGACCUGAACAAGAGCUCCAACAAACCUUGUUCGAUGCUCCAUGGUGAUAUCGACGCGUACCCAGGCUCGUCUCUAGCUGACGCGGCCAUCAAAUGUGCCUACUUGGCCCAUUAUCCUGAGGAGUCUAAAGUUCGCAUAUUUGUCAGCGCCUUCAGGUGGGCUACUGCUUGCAAUGUCUGCGACCCCGCAACUUAUACUGCCUUUGGAUCGCUGAGAGACCCCGACGAAGACGAGGACGAACAUGCAUGCAUUGUAUACGAGCUCAAUCUCGCCGCUGAGCCUCCGACUUUCACGCCCAUCAACCACAUGGACGGUGUAGUCUUCAUGGGCUUCGCGGGAAGUCGAGAGCGUAUCAUCGUCAAAAGCAUAUCGGAUGACCUGGUCGGAAUCUGGGACGUCGAGCAAAACACCGCAGUCUCAUGGAAUAUCCUUGCUGAGGACGUUGAUCGGAAUAUACCGGCAGCCACAGACUACCACGUCAUCCAUGCGCGCGAAUGCCAUCUGGCGGCGUAUCGGCUACCUCCAUCCCAGCCCUGCAAUGGCACAUUGCCAGCUCCGUCACGCUUGCAGCUCGUCCAGGAGAUGGAUUGUUUUGAACCGCACAUCAGCGACGCAAUGACAUGCAUGUCAACGAGUUACAGCUCGUCGUGCAUCGGUGACUUUGUAGUCGUAGAGGUCACUGUAAACGACGUCGACGCGAUGCGGCUCGUGAAGCGCCUCUCCGUACGGUCGACACCCGACAACACGCCCAUCGGUCCCCCAUGCGUCCUUACUGACGAUGACAUCGUUCGCGUGGCAGCACCCAAGCAGGGCGCGGACACGGUCACUGCGGCCUACGAGCUCUCGGAUCUCAUGCGAGGCGAGCUGAUGGUGAACAUCGCGCCGCUAGAGGAAUUAACGCCGGGGCAAACGAUAUACCUGAAGCGGAAAAGGGGCAGGUUCUUUCCUCAAAACGACGAACAGCCGUGGAACAGAGGGGAAUACGACAUAUGUGCUGUAACAGGCCGAGUAUGCGUGGGUCGGAUGGACAAGAAUAUGUUGCUCGUGUGCGAUUUUGUACCGCCGUUUCUGGACAGUCGACCAGACUUGGAGUUCUAUGCCUCAACCCCUACAUUCUAAUGCUAUAUCAUCAUGAUUGCGCUG